CUGCCAUUCCUGCCGCAGACACCCAGGGUCUCGCAUUGAUUUUAUAAACCACAACUCCAGGACAACUUCAAAGCUUUCAAGACCAUAAUGACAUAAUGGAUGUGUUGGCCAAGGCCUGUGACAUUAUAGGUUUAUGUCUGCAAUGCCUUUGAUUUCUCUGGAACUAUUCAGUGUAAUGCUACGAGACAUUCUGAGCUCCAGGAAUAGACUGGCUGGUUGUUUCGCUGUUGACUCUGAUUGGUAAAGACUGGAAGACGGAGAUAACACUCUGACAGGAUGGCAUCACAGGGGCAGGAGGAGCCUCUUCCAAACAGAGGUCAACCAGAUAGCCGACUUAAGAGCAAGAAGCCACCCAGCCUUGUAAUAGCCAUCCCACCGCCUGAGGAGAUGAUGUCCCACGACCCUGCAAAACAGCCACUACGCCCGUCCCUGAAAAAAAGUGCAAGUGGUCAAGCGACCGGUUCUGUGUCCGAGAGCUUCAGUGGAGCCAGAGAUGGAGCGGGAGAUGGAGGCUUCUCAUUCAGAGAAAGAAGGUCAAAGUUUGGAAGACAAACGUCGCUCUCACAAAGCAUCCGCAGGAACACAGCCCAGUGGUUUGGAGUUGGGGAAGACUGUGAGACCAAGCAGCAGGUAUGGCACAGGAAGAGCCUGCGCCACUGCAGCCAGCGCUACGGCAAGCUGAAGCCCCAGUAUAGAGAGCCUGAGACGGCUUCCAGCAUUGACCAAGGCCCGGAGUCACCAGCAACAAGCAGGAUGCCCAAGAUUGUCGACCCCUUGGCACGGGGCCGAGCCUUCCGUGUCCCAGAUGACGUGGACGGUCGCUCCCCCAGGACACCUCACACCGCUCAGGGGGGUCCCGUCACCCCAGGUGUCACCUCACUCAGCUCCUUCACCAGCCAGCGCUCUGGAUACAGCCGCUUCCCGAGGCGUAAGAGGGAGUCUGUGGCCCGCAUGAGCAUCCGAGCUGCAUCCAACCUGCUGAGGGGUCAGGGCUUGGCAGGCUCCCAGACAGGUCGCAGUUUCCCCAAGAGGAGCUUCAUCAGGCCCAGCUGGAUGGAUGAGGACACCGUGGACUCCGCAGACACGUCCGAGUCGGUCUUCUUCAGCAAGGUUGAUGCCCAUGAUGAGUUCUACUCUAUGGCUGAUGACGUAUUUGAGUCACCUCCCAUGUCUGCAGCGUUUGCUCCCAGUGAGCAGCCUGACCAGAAGUUCGAAGGCCUCCCCAGUAAGGGCAUGUCUCAAACGCCCAGGACGCCAGUAGCCCCUGAAAAGAUCCGUCCUCGUCGGGGUGGCCGCAUCGCCUCCCAAGUUAAGCACUUUGCAUUUGACAAACACAAACGUCAGUACGGCAUGGGCGUCGUGGGGAAGUGGCUGAACCGGAACUACCGUCGCAGCCUCAGCAGCAACAUCCAGAAACAGCUGGACGACUUCCACAGCCACAGGCCCUACUUUUCCUACUGGAUCACAUUUGUCCAUAUAGUGAUCACUUUGCUGGCCUGUUGUACAUACGGUUUUGCCCCUGUGGGGUUUGCACAACAUUCUGCGUCUGAGCUGGUGCUGAAGAACAAAGGCAUUUACGAGAGUGUCAAGUAUAUCCAACAGGAAAACUUCUGGAUUGGUCCAAGCUCUGACGACCUGAUCCACCUGGGGGCCAAGUUCUCGCCGUGCAUCCGUCAGGACUCACAGAUAGUUAGCCUGAUCAAGAGGGCCAAAGAUAUGGAGAGAGAGUCUGGCUGCUGCGUUCAGAAUGACAACGCGGGAUGCGUGCAGACCCUCAGCUCCGACUGCUCUGAAACGCUGGCCACCUUUAUUAAAUGGGACAAUGAGCCGGUGGACAUCCGCAGGUCCUCUGGUUCUGUCUGUCACCAGGAUCCCAGAGUGUGUGAAGAGCCUGCCUCUGCAGAGCCUCAUACAUGGCCAGAUGACAUCACCAAGUGGCCGGUGUGUACUUUUCCCAAGCUGUGGAACCACACAGGCUACAAACACAUGGACUGUAACAUCAAGGGACGGCCUUGCUGCAUAGGAACUAAGGGCAGAUGUGAGAUCACGACCAGAGAAUAUUGCACUUUCAUGCAUGGCUACUUCCACGAGGAGGCCACACUCUGCUCUCAGAUUCACUGUCUGGAUGAUGUAUGCGGCUUGUUGCCCUUCCUCAACCCUGACGUUCCUGAUCAGUUCUACCGUCUCUGGCUCUCUCUCUUCCUCCAUGCUGGGCUGUUACACUGCGUGGUGUCAGUGGUGUUUCAGAUGACCAUACUGAGAGACCUGGAGAAGCUGGCAGGUUGGGUCCGUAUCUCCAUCAUUUAUAUCCUCAGUGGUAUCACAGGAAACCUUGCCUCCGCCCUGUUCCUGCCCUACAGAGCUGAGGUGGGUCCAGCAGGGUCCCAGUUUGGACUCCUCGCUUGCCUCUUCGUCGAGCUGUUUCAAGGUUGGCAGAUGCUGGAGAAGCCAUGGAAGGCCUUCCUCAAGCUGCUGGGCAUUGUCCUCUUCCUCUUUCUGUGCGGCCUCCUGCCGUGGAUCGACAACAUCGCGCACAUCUUUGGUUUUCUCAGCGGCAUGCUGUUGUCCUUCGCCUUCUUGCCCUACGUCACCUUCGGGACGUUUGACAAGUACCGGAAACGUAUCCUGAUUGCUGUCUCAAUGUUGGCCUACAUUGGGCUUUUCUCUUCCCUCAUCGUUUGGUUUUAUAUUUACCCGAUUAACUGGCACUGGCUGGAGCAUCUCACCUGCCUGCCCUUCACGAGCAAGUUCUGUGAAAAGUACGACAUAGACCAUGACAUUAACGAUGUGGUGCACUAGUCUCCAGGCUGCUGAUGACGUGGCUGUGCUACUGAUCCACUGUCUUCUAGCCAAUGACCGGGUCAGCUGUUUCCAGGUCAGCUCAGUGGCCUUUAAGAAUGUGGUAAUUAUGUUUAUUAUUCGAUCACCAAGGGAAGGAAGGACCUGAUCAUAGCCAAUGUGAAUGGAACUGGCUCAGUCUUUUCCCCUCAGCCUGCUGACUUGCUCACUGUACUGUAGAACGUCACUCAACCUUUGUAAUCCUCAGUCAGGCCUGGCACUACCUAGCAUGUUAAUUUGCUAAUAGGCUAGCAGAUCCUCGGAAUGAGAGGACAGGAAAAGACACUCAGGACGACGAAACUACACAAAGCUGGGUGAACCCAAAGGAAACAAUCUACAGAGCGAGACACUGUCUGGUUGCCUCAGUUCACAGUCAGUGUAAAGAAGCCAAAUGAACCCUACUGGCCCUUCUAUCACUUUUCCCUUUAUGGGCCGACAACCAGCCGAGAUGAAAAGGAAGACUGAUGCCAUGGCGGGUCAUCAGGUAUCUUGUGGCCCAGUGAACUGAGAUACAUCAAAUGCCUCCUGUCAGUAAUUCAUGUUUUCAGUAACACUGGGUUUAACACUACAAACGCUGUCAUUCACUUCUGCUGCUUCUGUAUGUUCUAACAGUUGUGAAUUACUUUAAGAGUUAAAAACUGUUUUGUAUCUUCCCUCUUUUGUAUGUAUGCACUUGGCAUGUCUUUGGAGCAGUGAAAUGUUAUGCUAAAGGUAACAAGGUGUUGCAAGUAUUAACUGUGCAGCUGGAAUAGUUCAAAAUAUCAGUGGUCAACUAAGGUAAGAUUUCUAUCUAGAACCACUAGUUGCCUUAAACAGAUUAUGCCAUUUUACAGAGAUGCCUCAUUUUACUUUUGUAUACUGCUCGUGAUCAACUUCCUGAAUGCUGAUGAACACAUUUCUGACCCGAAACCUACCAAAGCAAUGACACAUGCUGCUUAUAUAUGCAUGAUCAUCUUUAAAAUCCCUUUGUUUUCUGUACAUCACUGCCACAAACACAUGUUCUCAGUCAAGCUCUGCGUAUAAUAUCUCAUAUUUUUCCGCUAACACGGUGGUGCCUCAACCAUUUUUGUAUAUUUACUCUGAAAACAAUAAUGAAAAUGAUUUUUAUUCCAGGAGUGAUUAUCUACACAGGCAUUUUUUGUUACAUCAAAGUAAGUUUUGUACUGUAUUUUCUGACUCUGUGAAAGCAGCCAUAGGAUCACAAGAUGUCAUUUAUGUUUCACCUGAGCCUUAAUAUGCUUGUGAAAUAUAACAUUAGGCUUUGUUUCAUCAUACACUUGUUGACAGUUUAAGAAAAAUGAUUUUAAACUGUAGUGUUGCCGCAGUCAUAGGAUUUUCCUCAGACACAUUCAGACCAAACCUGGACAAAGUCUUGCUGUCUAAGUAUACACUUUUUCCACUUUUCUUUUUGUCUCAACGCUAGCAGCUGUUUGCUUGGGUUGUGGUCCAUGACCCACAGUAGAUAGUUGCUGUCCUGGUGUGUCGCAGACAUUGUGAUAAUUAGGGCUGGGCCCGUGUGAAAACUUUAGAACCAGUUUGAUAUAAGACAAACACAUGACUGGACCAGUAAACUGAAUUUCACCAGGUGUCGCACUUGAAACAUAACAACACUGUGUCCCAGCAUAAAACUAGUGUCUGACUACCAUGUAGCAUCUUGUAACAUCGGAGCUGUAGGUCUAAACUGAAAGCAUUAAGUAUGCACACCUGUUUCGUCAUGUAAGCAAACAGUGUAGCUAUCAGCUGUACGCUCGAGAUCUGAAAAUGUAACCACACAUAAUGAUAAAUACUGGUUCAGCCAGGUGGUAUAAAAUCAGACUGAUAUAAGAUCUUACACCACACCGGACAAACAAACCGGAUAUUGACCCAAUUCUUGUGAUAAGUGUAUUUCGGAAGUUUCAACACCGAAAGUGUGAAAGACUUCCUCCAUGGGUUCCUGCCAUUGUCUUGGAUUUGGUUUGUUGUUGUGAUUCUGGCGUGUCGACCCCAGCUGUAGGAAAGCCCCCGUAAUGCUUGUUGUGUGCAGGAUUAUGUGAGUUACUAAGUGAGUUAUGAGAUUACGCGAGUUUGUCUGUGGGGCUGACUCACUGAUGAUCUGAUGUUGUUGAGAACACAAGUUGUUAAAUGCAGAAUGGGCUGUAUGUUGGACAAUUCAAAUGUUUAAAUCAGUUUCACCACCACUGUAUUUAGAUAGUAAAUGCCACUCAUUGAAAACAUAGGACACCCACUUUAUUUUAGGAAACCUCUUUACUGUGCCUUUUGACAUGUGAGUUUGAUCUGCACCAACCCGCAUCUUCAGUUCUGACUGUAUGCAACAGUUACACUGCCGUGUUUGCAUUGGGACCAAAUAAUCUCACCCUUUUCUAUUUAUUGGAAUAAAAAGGGAAAGUUUCAAAUGAAUUUCGGGUCAUGUUCAAGGUACUGUUCUGUUUUGCUUCAGUUUUAUAUGUGAAAAUCUCUGUGUUUUAACGCAGUCAUGUCAAAAUAAAUGCCACUCUAGUAAUAAUAAGGUAA